AUGAAAUUUUUCUUAUGCAGAAGCAGGAACUCCGACAAUCUCGCUACUAUUCACGCCGAAUUUCAACGCAUGAAAGACAUUCCCGAGAUCAAGCUAGCUGACGAUAUCACGGCUUUCCUGGAAGAUCUCUUAUCCACUACGCAGCAAUGGGAGAUUGCUCUGAGCUUCUUCGUUUCCUCCUAG